GAAAACCCUUUCGGUUUCGCUGGACUCAUAUUUCAAACAAACAAUUUAAACCCUUGCUCCACCUCGGAGCUCCAUCAAUGGCGCUCGCUUAUACUCUAUCUCCCGGCACUCCUCUCUUUUCUUCUCGCACCAACUCUCUUUCCAGAAAGUUCCCUCUCCCCUUCCACAAACUACCCCUGGGAACCACCAGAACUCCGCGUGUCAUUUUUUCCUGUUCGGCUCGGGACCCCAUUAUCCCGACUUCAGAGCAAGCCAUCCUCGAAUCCGUAGCCGAGUUUUACGGAGCCGAGAAACAGCUCCCGGGAGUGCGGACUUACGAGAACGACUUGGCCCGACUCACCGCGGUUGGUGCCGUGGGAUUCCAGCAGGCGCUCACGGCGGCUGCUGCCGAUGGCGGCGAAGCUGCCGAUGAGCACAUCCAAUCAGGGAUGUCGAAUAUGGUCGUCCACACCGUGUUUCCUGGGUCUUCUGAUGAGCGCAGCACUAUCUCUACCAGACUGUUUUUACCAGCUAUCAAAGUCAGGGAAAAGGCGAAAAAGAUGAAAAGUUCUACUACAAAAGAUUUACUGUCCAGCACAACAUCAAAGAAUAUACUUGCCAUGACUUUUAGACAAGUGACUUUGCAACAGCUUUGGAACUUUGAACUGAUUCUGUUUAGACCUGGAACAGAAAGAAAAAUGGAUGAUCUUGAAAAUCUAAGAGAGGUACCUGCAUCUUUCAUCCUCAAAUCAUCAGAUGAACAGCUCAUUUCUGUACUUGCAGAAGUUAUUUGCCUUUCAGCUCUUGAAAGUACUCAAAGUUGUUUCUCUGCCAAAUCAUUACGGAGACAGUCAAAUAAGUUAUUCCCUUGGUGGCAUUCGCCUAAAAGGAUUAUGUCAAAAGAUUCAUCUGUCAUUUUGUAUAACUUACUUGAACAUGAGGUAGUUGCAAAUUCUGCAACGUUGCUGGAGAGGUUUAGAUUAGAAAUUGGAAAAUAUAAACCAAAGGAGGCAAAAUGGAAGAGCAAUUGGCUGGCAUCAUCAGCAUACCUGAAGUUGGAACGGAUUGGUGGUCCUGAAUUUGCUGCUUGGGUCAGCGAAUGUGUUCCUUCUUACGGGUUGCAGAUUAACACUGAUAACUUUAGCAAUGUGAAACUUGAGGGUUGGCAGGAAUUGGAUACAAAUAUGCACUGGGUAGUUCUGACUCAUUCCCAAUUGGUUGGGUUGGCUGAUAUUCUAGAUAUGUACUAUGAAGAUGUGUAUACGCUUCCUUCUAAACAACUGUCUUCUGGUGCAGUUGCAAAGGCUGUGAAUUUUUCUUCUCGUAAGGGAAGUUUUUCUUUGUUGAAAUGGCUGUCUAUUGUCCUUGCUACUGGGAUUUUUCUAGUUGCUGCCAAAGUGCUACAUCUGCGCUUUCUGCCAUAUUUGCCAAAUAGGAAGAACCCUCAAUGUCAAGAAAUUCAUUCCCUUCAAUCUUAUGACACAAACUACAUUCAGAAUUGUUUUAUGGAAUCUAGCAAGUUGGAAGCCCACUGUGUUUCAAUCAUUAAAAGAAUUAAGGUUGCUCUUGGUUGGCCUGGAGAAAUAAGGACCACUUCUGGCUGCUGUGCAUGGAUUGGAGAAAUCCCAAAAUUCCUCAGAAGCACCAUGGAAAGUGGCUCUAAUGUUUUAGAUGUUCCCUCCAGUUCCACACAUUUGGAAAACGAAGAGGAAAUAAAUGCAUCUGCACAAGAAAUUGCCAAUUAUCAGGUAGUGUUGUCCAUGGACGGGAGAAUUGUUGGAUUCCAACCUACAAGCCGCGUUGCUGUCAAUAACUGGGCGUCAAACCCCUUAACAAAAGAGCUCUAUGGCGGGAAAGACAUGUCUCCCGGUUUUCUUGAACGGGGUCUCAAUAUCCGACACCCAGGUCAGGUUGUUGUACUGGAGUUGUUGAUGUCGGUAAACUCCAAGUCCCACUUAGGCGAUUUUGCUUUGGUCAGACCACUUAAUAUUGCUCAACAGAGUGAAUGAAGAGAGUUAGUGUGUCAGUGCAGUAUUGCUUUAGUGGAAUUCUGAUCUCAUAAUCACUGUAAAGACGACUACAUGCACCAUUGGUUAUGGUUAUAGACAAGUAACUUGAGCAAAUUGUGCAGUUUUUUUCUUGUUCAAUGUUGAAAUUAUGCAUAUUUUUAGUUCGUCAUUA